UCUGACGCGUUGUCGCAGUGCAGUGAGAUAAAUUGGCCGGUGCCCCUCCAUCCCCUUCCUUCUACAAAUCCAACAAUUGUCGACAAUUAUUGGAUUGUGCUGCGUGCAAACCAUAACCAUGGCGUGGCCGAACAAGAACAAGGAUAUGCUCUACCGCCGGGUCGGGAACUCGGGUCUGCAUGUUUCGGCGCUGGGGUUGGGGGGAUGGUUGACAUUCGGAGGCCACGUGGAAAACGAAAUCACCUUCAACUGCAUGAAACAAGCCUACGACCUCGGAAUCAACUUCUUCGACACCGCCGAGAGCUACGCGGGCGGUCAAUCGGAGAUCGUGAUGGGACAAGCGAUCAAGAAGUUCGGCUGGGCGCGCAGCGACCUGGUCAUCACCACCAAGCUAAACUGGGGUCUCGCGAACGGCGAGAUCCUAAUCAACAACCACGGGCUCUCGCGCAAACACAUCGUCGAAGGCACACGAGCCUCGCUGUCGCGACUACAACUCGAAUACGUCGACAUCAUCUACGCGCACCGGCCGGACCGUCUCACGCCCAUGGAGGAGACGGUGCGGGCGUUCAACCACGUCAUCGAGAAGGGGUGGGCGUUCUACUGGGGCACGUCGGAGUGGUCUGCGGACGAGAUCACGGAGGCGUGCGGGAUCGCGAAGACGCUGGGUCUGAUUGCGCCCAUCGUCGAGCAGCCGCUGUACAACAUGCUGGAUCGCGAGAAGGUCGAGGGCCAGUACCAGCGGCUGUACACGCGGUGCGGGAUCGGGUUGACCACGUUCUCGCCCUUGAAGAUGGGGCUGCUCAGCGGGAAGUAUAAUGAUGCGACGACGCAGCCGCCGCCCGGGUCGCGGUUCGCGGAGAGUCAGGAUCGGUUUGCCAGUAGCGUGCGCGGCGAUUGGGAGAAUGAGCAGUGGGCGGGGAAUAUUAGGAAGAUUAGAGGGUUGUCGACCAUCGCGGAGAAGUUGGGAGUCAAGCUCUCGCAGCUCGCGCUGGCGUGGUGCCUGAAGAACGAGAACGUGUCGGCGGUGAUCACCGGAGCGUCGAGGCCGGAGCAGGUCGUGGAUAACGUGGAGAGCUUGAAGCUGCUCCCGAAGCUGACGCCGGAGGUGAUGGCUGAGAUUGAUGAGUAUCUCCAGAACAAGCCGGGGCAGGAUCCUGCGAGACAGGAUUAGAGUGUGUAC